GGUAGAAAUGAAUGCUCCCGCCUGCCAUUCCAAACGAGAAUCUUUGUGUUCACAUUCCGCCUAGUCUGAUCCGGUGACGUGGUGCUUCCACAUGUUGAAAAUGUUGCGGUAUACUAUUUGUGUGGUGUUGUUGGUGCUCGUUCCAGUGCUAUCGCGGCAUGUUCCCCGCUUCAGCGAGCUGGACGCCGAGGAGCAGCAGCUGUACCGCGCCGCCUACGACACUCCCUCCUACGACCACGACGAGUACCAGGAGGAGGACCUGGAGCCGGGCAAGCUGGAUCUCCUGAAGGACGGUCUGUGGGCCAUCAAGGCCAAGAUCAAGGAGCUGAAGGCCUUCGACAAGGCGCUGGCGGCCAACGUGCUCACCACCAAGCUCAAGUUGAAGGAGCUCCUAGAGUUCCACUUGAAGAAGAAGCCCAUUGAACUGGUGAUAGAAAAGAAGAAGCCAGUCUACCAGAGCUACCCUCAGGCCCCCGCUUACCCCGCGCAGCCGCAGUAUGAGCCGCAAUACGCGGCGCCGCCGCCCGCCUACCACCACGACCCUUACUACGGACACUGACUCUGGAAACUACCCGUAUUCGAUCUGCCUCGGACUUCCUAAGGUAGUCGGUCUCAGGUUGAGCAAGGUAUCACAUUGUAUGAAAAGACUGCAAUAUUUCUAUGGUAGAUACAGAUACGUAUAUAAAAGUGCACAAACCGGAGACUGAAGCAUAUACAGGGUGCCCGGUAAUUAAUGGACAACCUUUUAACCACCAAGAGGGCACCUUAUACUGGUCCA